UGGUUUUUGCAUGCGGUAGAAAAUGUGAGUGUCCCUUAGAAGAAUGUCAUUUUGAAAGAGGUUGUCUCAACAAAACAGGUAAAGUGACGAUCGACUCAAUGACAUCGACAAGGAAAUGGAGCACAGCUGCAUGGACAAUGAGUGGUACCUCUGCUGACACUCAAGUACAACCGGAGGGUGGCGUGCUGGUUCUGACUGUGUUAACUGUCGUUUCUGUCACUUUUGUAGUCUUUGGAUUGCUGUUUAUCUACUGUUUUUGCUUCCAAAAACGGAAAAGAAAUGGAAUGGGAAAAUGUCCUGCGAGUGCACAGAAUUUAAAUCUACAGGAAAGAGGCUAUAGUGAUAAUAAAGAAAACGUACAAAGCGUUGUUAAAGAUUCUUACACACCUUCCGAAUGCCUGUAUGUCAGUGAGAAAAACUGCUGGCAAACAUGUUCACAACACCAUGUAACUUCAAAAAUGGAUGAUCUAAUGAGUCAGAAAAAAACAUGUGUAUGAUACACUAAAAGGCAGUGAAGGACAUUAUUAUAAAUUCCUUCCAAGAACUGGCUUUCCCAAUCAAAAACCAAUGGAUGUAUAAACAAUGCUGAUAUGUAUACUUAUACAUCUAAGAAAGCACCAGAAAGGCAGAUGGAUGUGUCAUUAAUAUUGAGGGAACAGUACGACCAUGUUAAAUUUGUUUUAAAUACAUACAGAACUAUAUGUAUUUCUUAAUUUAUAAUUUUGUUUGCUUGUACAAUCCUUAUUUUAU